CUUCUAGUGAAAAUUAAAGAAAUGUUAUUAUUGAUUAAACAUUUGUACCAAAUAAUAUAAAAAAAUAAUUAAAGUUAGUUGUGUUUGCUCCUAACCACGAAUUAUUUAUGAAAAGCGUCCGAUACUCCUGUCUUGUGCAAGGUCAAAAAGUCUCAUCGGAGAAGGUUGUGUCUGUUUAUGUAGUGGACAGGAAAGGCGUAUACACGUGUCCCAAGGAGCUUUUCCAAGAAAUGCUCUGGCCCGAAACAGCCCCUGACACGAACAGCAUUCUCAACUGCCCCAAAGCGUACACGGGCCAUGCGACGAGAUAUUGUGCACUUAAAGACGGACGCAGGCCCGCUUGGGGCCAGCCCAGCUUCUCUCAGUGCACUUACGAUCAUCUUAGGACUAUUUAUGAGACGUUUGUACAACUAAAGCUGGGAUAUGUUACCACAACUUGUGAUUUGCUAUUAGAAAAAAUUUGGACGUACAUGAAAAACGAUUCAUAUAUGUUGUUACCAGGAGAGGGAGCAAGAGUGUUACUGAUCGUUCAGGAGAUCAUGCAGUAUAUAACAACAAUGAAAGCAACUGUCCAAGGAGGUCAUAAUAUUACAAAUAUUUUGUUUUCGAUAAUAGAUUACAUACUGUCUACUCCAAAUGCAUUGACCCAACAAAACGAGAUCCGAACAGUAUUCGAGCUAGUUAAUGAACACUUAACGGCAUCAGGAUCGGAACUAGUACGUCCAAAAGGAGAUUCCUUUCGUUUAUCGAUGAAUACCAUUGACUUGGCCAUACUUAACCUUACUUCUUAUCAAACCAGUAAAUAUUUUCAUAUUCCCACAUUGCCUGACACAUCAAGCACAAAUUGGUUAGGCGUUCAGGUCUCUGGAACAAAUGUCAUUCCAAAAGAAAGGAAGAAAAGAUUUGCUGCCGGAAUUGUAUAUAGAAACAUCUCAAGUUUCAUGCCACCGCGUCUUUUCAUAAGAAUUGAGGAUGGAUCUGAACUCGAAUACGAAAUAUACUCUCAAAUUGUGACCAUAAUCCCUCUACCUGAUUUUUUCGAAAUGUAUCCGAUCGCCAUUGACUUUAAACAUCAAUUGAACCACAAAAUGAACUGGAGCGACGACGAAACAUGGAGCGUCAAAUGCGGUUAUGCUGACUUAUCUACUUUCACAUACGACUGGAAUAUAUACAGUUGCUAUACUGAGGUAUUAAACGACCAGAAAACUAGAUGCAUUUGUCCAAAGCACGGCAUUUUCGCCUUAUUGUUAACUUUAGCUCCAAAGUCUAAAACUGAAGAAGCUGAGUCAAAUCUGUACAUUCUACUGAUUGGAUGUACUGUUGGAAUGCUUUUUACCUUGAUAGCUACAAUUUGCUUAGCCAUAUCGUGUUUUUUAAGACCAAAGUCAAGCAUAACAUUUUUAAAACUGCAGUGUUCUACGUCAGUUUUUGCUACUGGAUUAUUUUUCACUUUUGCAAUCAUGACAGGACCCCCUCAGGCAUAUUUUUUACUCUUUCUUACAUGCAUCGAAACAAGCAUAUUAUUGGGAUUUUCAAGUCAUCUAAGCAAAUUAUUAAUGAUAUUUACAGAAUUGAUUGAAAUACCAAAAUCCAUGAUGUCGAAAUUUACUGUAGUUGGAAUUAUUUCAGGGGUUCCAGUGAUUACUGUGUUCGCUAGUCAUUUAUCCUACAAAACGAUGGACGUUAAAUUGGAGUCUUGGUGGAUUCUAAAAGGGACUUUAUCCUUUAAUAUAUUCAUUUGUGUCACUUCCAUAAUGGCGGUCCUGUUUGUCUUCGUUUACACCACCGUAAUCAAGAAGCUGAACAAUCUUAUCAAAAUGAACGAAAAGUAUGCUAAGCCGUUAAAUAGAAGGAUUGGACUGCUAAGAAGAUCGUGUUGCAUAUUUGUAUUUUUAAUUUUGUUUUCUAUAAGCAGUAUAAUCUACAUAAAUUUUCCUAAUAAAUUGUGGAGUAUCAGCCAGUUCAGUGCGUCCAACAUAUUAAUGGGUUUGAUCAUACUGAUUUUGUACAUAAUUAAAUCAGAAACUAGAAUCCAACAAAUGUUUGUGAAGAAGAAAAAAGCUGAAAAUAUGUUUUUUAGUUACAACUCAUCGAACACCUCACCAUUAAAAUUUAUUACAAAGCAAGAUCCAGAGGUUGAAAACGAUUCGAGCCCCCAUACAAGAUCAGAAAGCCAACAAUUUACCAUGGCAAAUCGCGAUAACACAAUGGCUGGAAAGUCUCAAAGCAUAGCCGCUACAUUCGAGAGUUGCCUGCAUAACAUCCCAACAUGCGACACUCGCGUAGACGUUUCUGUAACGUCGCAUCGUUUCAAACAACCACCGUUGGAAUGUUAUAGUUGCAGUCCGCAGAGUUUUAGAAAAUUUCCAGGAGCUUCAACGAUCUGCUCUCCAGAUAUUUUGUCCAACAAAAUCUGCGUGGAAUUAGACCUAGUCGCAUCUAGCCUGCAGCGUCAACCGACACGUAUCUCCAAAAUGCCUACAGUGCCAAUCAGUCCCGACGAAGCCAUAGCGAAAAUUUUGGACUAUUCUUCGGACCCACCAGUCGCUGAUUCACAAUACCGCGAACGAACUCAGCCAGACGGUCACGACGAGAAUUUAAUGUGCGAAAAAACGCUGAGUACGGUCGAAGAAGUGAGCGAGACGGAAAUAGAUUCGCCUGAAGUGAGUGAAAAACCAUCUCCUGUUAAUAAGGAGGUGAAAGUUAGUGCGUCCCCGACAGUAAAGGUGCAAGUGUCUUCGACCAGUGAUAAGUGCGAUAAGUUGGACGGAAUGUUAGACAGUAUAACCCAAGAUUUGGAGUAUUUGCUAAAUAACAGUCAAGAAGUGCCUGUAUCGACUUUAAAGAGGAUUCCGAAGAGUCCGAUUAGUGUCAGACAUGCUGUGAGUAAAGAGGUUUUUAAGGAUGACAAAGACGGUUUAAUCGAGAGUGUCACUAUUAGAAGUAAAUGUUAAUUAUUUGGAGUGUUAAAAAUUACGAAAAUUUUUGUAAAUAUGAGGAAUUGAGUCAAAAAGACUUUUGUGAUUAAAAAUCACCAGGCUGUUUGUGUAAAUAUUCAGUUUUAAUAAUGAUAUUUAUAUUACAAAUAUUUUGGAGUAGCUUCAUUAUAGGUAUCAAACUGAAAUUGUUGGUGGUUUUGUUGGAUUUUGGCAUAAUUUUGAGCUUCUUUUUAUUAUUAGUAAUAUUAGAAUGAAAAUUAUAAACUAAUUUUGUUUGUCAUUUCUAAUUAUCGCGUAAAUUACUCUUAAAUAUUUUAUAUACAGUGUGGUGAUAAAGUAAGGAUAAAAUUUAUAAUUGCAUUAUUUAAUGUUUUCAAACAAAACGCACGGACAGAUCAAUUUUGAUAUUUAAUUAGCCAACUUAGGCCAUAAAAUUUUUACUUAUGACGUUAUGUAUUUUUGAACAAUGACGUCGAGAACCCUAAUUAUUUUUGCUGUUUUUAAUAGAUGUUCCAAUGGUGUAAAAAAAUUGGUACCUUAAAAAACAUUUUUUUUGAAAAAUAAUAACUUUAUUGAAAUAAAAUCCUAAUAACAGCCCAAAAACA